AGCAAACGUGAUGACCACUACACUAUAGGACCUUGUUAUUAAAUACUGGCCGGUCUAGAGGUAUUAGUGCGCCAGUUUAUGUUAAGAAAUAGCUUCCCGGGGAUGGGGAUUUAGGGUUUAUGGCGCUGCUCCGACGCUACGGGCAGCUCACGGCGGUUCUCCACCAGGGCUCGUGGCGCCAAUGCGCCGGGAGGAGCUUCCACUGUGAUCGGGUGCUGCGAGACGAUGAGGCGCCAGACGCUGGGCCUGGCGAUGGCGGUGAGGAGCAAGGCAAGAAGCGGGAGUAUUUCACGACGGUUUCCAGGAGAUACAAAGCUAGAAUGGCCGUGGAGAGGCUGUUCAAGAGAGCUGCUGCCAAGGAGGCUGAAAAUGCUGCUUCUGGUGACCAGGAAGCUAAGCCCGAUGUUACCACGAUUUCGAUAGAUCCAGCUCCGCAUGUCAAGACCAAGAAGCUCGGUAAAACUGCGGCUUUUAUCAUGGAGAUUCUAAACAAGGAAGCUGUUGCUCAAGCUAAACAAGAGAGAGAGAUCCCCGCGCUCAAGCCGGGCUACGUUAUCCGCGUUAAAGUGGAAGAGCCGCAGAACAAGCGAAGAAUCCAAGAGUACAAAGGAAUUAUUAUUGCCAUGCGAAACAAUGGCAUACACACCACUUUCAGGCUCAGACGGCAAAUCGGAAACACUUUCGUGGAGAAUGUUUUGCCACUCUAUUCCCCACUUAUAAAAGAGUUUGAGAUUCUGGACAUAAAGAAGGUGAGAAGAGCUAAGCUCUACUACCUCCGACGCGGGGAGCACAAGCUCAAGUCGCUGAGCAUGAAGAAGAGGAAGCUCCUCACCGCGGCCGCCACAGGGAAAACAAUCACUCCAGAGUUCAAGCUCCCUCCCCCGCCAGCCUCGGAUUGAAUUGCAGCAGCACAGCAGCUCAUCCAUUUAUUUUUGUCUGAGAGUUUUGGUGUGGGUGUUGCGAGCUUCUCUCUUCCUCACUCAUUCACUCGCUCUCUCUUCUCUCAUGGGCGGAUGGAUCAGAUCACUGAAAGCGAUAUCCUGCGGAGAAAAGGUGCGUCAUACUUAUUCCGUCGUUAUAGCCAGGACCUUUUUGUCAAAUCAAAUGGAAGUGUCCCUCUCGAGGGGCAAAUCCAUGUGCUUCCAAUUCAAUGCAAGAGGUUGAGCAACACA